AUGUCACCCACAACAAACGAAGCUCGACGUCCUAGCGAGGAUGAUGUGGAGAGUGUUGCCAAGCGUCAAAAAACCACCGUCGACAUUGCCAGCAAAUUCCACACUGGCUUGCUUCAAGAUGCAUCGCGUGCAGAGAUCCGCAAGGCCUUUAUGGAAUCCAAGCCCUAUUUGCACUGCAAGAUUGAGACACUCAUGAAUGACGAUCUGCUACGUCGUGUACGCAAGGAGAUUUUUGAUAAUUUGCAUUUCACUUUGAAGGAGACCGAUAUUUACAAGGUGCAUCAAACCGGUGACUUGGCCAAUUUGGAUGGUCUUCCUUCAGAUGAACUUGAGAAGCUAUCUUCCUUGUUUGAGUUACGCAAUGCUAUCUAUUCUCAAGAGUUCCGCGACUUUAUUUCCUCUGUUACUGACUCUGGACCCUUGUCUGGAAGCAAGAUGGAUAUGAGCAUCAACAAUUACAAGGAGGGAUGUCACUUGCUCAAUCACGACGAUGUCAUUGGUACACGACGUGUAUCCUACAUUUUAUACUUGACAGACCCUGAUGAUCCAUGGCAACCGGAGAAUGGUGGUGCAUUGGAAUUGUAUCCUGUGGUGGAAAAGGGUACCCCUGCUGUUGAGCCUACCGUCAUUAUUCCUCCUCAAUGGAACCAAUUUGUCAUGUUUACGGUCCAACCUGGUCAUUCAUUCCAUUCUGUCGAAGAAGUGGUUCCUGUUGGCAAGCCAAGAUUAAGUAUUUCUGGAUGGUUUCAUAUUCCUCAACCUGGUGAGGUUGGUUAUGAAGCGGAUCGUGAAGCGGGUGAAGCAAAAUCAUCCUUGGAGCAAUUGUCAGAGGCCGAUUCAAGUGCCAACUUUAUGCGAUAUCCAUCCGCUGAAGUGGAAGAAGAGGGAUUGACAGAGGAAACGAUUCGUGAUUUGGCAACAUGGAUGAACCCACAAUAUCUCGACAUGAAAGUACUUGAACAAUUACGUGAUCGUUUCUUGGAUGAGUCCGCUGUGCAAUGCAAGGAGAUUCUUAGCAAGGAAUUGUAUGCAAAGAUCAAGGAAGCUACUACCAAGGCGGAUGCUGAACAAUUCACUCCUUGUAAAAUGGCUGCUCACGGCACUGGCAAAGGUGAAGGAUGGGUUGUUCACGGUGCACCUCAUCGAUGCCGAUUCCUCGAAGUGGAUUCCAAGGCUGAAAAUAAGAACAACACUGCUGAACUAUUCGCUGAUCUAAAGAGCAAGUUUGAAAGUGAGGCAUUUCGACAAUGGCUUGCUGUGGUGGGUCAAGUGAAACCUCAAGGUUGUCGAGGAGCAGGUCGUCGAUUCAGGCCUGGACAUGAUUAUACAUUGGCUACUACCAACACGCGCGGUCAAGCUGUAUUGGAUGUGACAUUAUCCUUGACAUCGUCAUCAGAAGAGGCCUGGGAAUCGGGUGAAUGUGGUGGAUACGAAUGUUAUAUGGCACCCCAUGAUGAAGAUGAGGAUCCUGCAACAUACAAGGCCGCCGAUGAAGACGGUGCCUUGUUGACACUUACUGCCGGUGCAAACGAAUUAUCACUUGUAUUACGAGAUGAAGGUGUUAUGCGAUUCAUCAAGUAUAUCAGUGCACGUGCCCCUGGAUCAAGAUGGGAUGUUGCUUUUGAAUACGAUUUGCCAGAGGAAGAAGAUGAUGAUGAAGAAGAACAAGAAGAGUAA